UUGGCUCUUUUCUCUACUAGCGAGCAAACCUACAAUCUAGACCCAACUGUGCAUCCAGCUCAUUUUUAAGGGGAUUUAUCAACAUAUAUGCCCGUGUAUCCAAAACACAUCGGUCAUUGGGGAUUCCUAGCACCGGUUGGCCGGGUCUGAGGGCGGUUAUAACGCUUUUUUCGAGGUUUAAUUAGAGCUUGAAACAACGCUGGUGGAGGAGGAGGAGAUUCCAUAUUAGGAGCACAGAGGAGGAAGGCACCCCCCUUGUGUGAUUUGGAGCUUUUGGUUCUGAGCGCAUGGUACAAGGCCGUCACUGAACAUACUGGUGGCGCAGACAGACUUACUACUGUGGCUUGGUGUGUGCGUUCUGACCUCAUGGUGUAACAGGAGUAAAGAUGAGCAUUAGCAGUGAUGAGGUCAAUUUUCUGGUCUACAGAUACUUACAGGAGUCAGGGUUCUCCCACUCAGCGUUUACGUUCGGUAUAGAGAGUCACAUCAGCCAGUCCAACAUCAACGGUGCUCUGGUUCCCCCUGCUGCCCUCAUCAGCAUCAUCCAGAAAGGCCUGCAGUAUGUCGAGGCUGAAGUCAGCAUCAAUGAGGACGGCACGUUAUUUGACGGGCGGCCCAUCGAGUCUCUGUCCCUGAUCGACGCGGUGAUGCCAGACGUGGUUCAGACGAGGCAGCAGGCGUACCGGGACAAAAUGGCCCAGCAGCAAGCCGCCGCUUCAGCACCGGCGUCGGCCACCGGAGGCAACAUCGCCGGCAACGCCAAGAACGGAGAGAAUACUGCCAACGGGGAGGAGAACGGAGCCCAUGCCUUAGCUAACAACCACGCAGACCUGAUGGAGGUGGACGGAGACGUGGAGAUCCCUCAGAACAAGGCCAUGGUCUUGAGGGGUCACGAGUCAGAGGUCUUCAUCUGUGCCUGGAACCCAGUCAGUGACCUGCUGGCAUCGGGGUCCGGUGACUCGACGGCUCGGAUCUGGAACCUGAGUGAGAACAGUACAAGCAGCUCCACACAGCUGGUCCUGAGACACUGCAUACGAGAGGGAGGACAGGACGUUCCCAGCAACAAAGACGUCACCUCGCUAGACUGGAAUAGCGAGGGCACACUGUUAGCAACAGGCUCAUAUGACGGCUUUGCUAGAAUAUGGACGAAGGAUGGUAACCUGGCCAGCACACUUGGCCAACACAAAGGUCCAAUCUUUGCCCUGAAGUGGAAUAAAAAAGGCAAUUUCAUCCUUAGUGCAGGAGUAGACAAGACAACAAUCAUAUGGGAUGCUCACACAGGAGAAGCCAAACAGCAGUUUCCCUUCCAUUCAGCUCCAGCACUAGACGUGGACUGGCAGAGCAAUAAUACAUUCGCCUCUUGUAGUACAGACAUGUGCAUCCACGUCUGUAAACUGGGACAAGACAGACCCAUCAAAACAUUCCAGGGACACACAAAUGAAGUAAAUGCAAUCAAGUGGGAUCCCACAGGGAACCUGCUCGCCUCCUGUUCAGACGACAUGACGUUGAAGAUCUGGAGUAUGAAGCAGGACUCGUGUGUUCAUGACCUGCAGGCCCACAGUAAAGAAAUCUACACCAUCAAAUGGAGUCCCACUGGCCCUGGAACCAACAAUCCCAGCGCUAACCUCAUGCUAGCCAGUGCAUCAUUUGACUCCACAGUCCGUCUUUGGGACGUAGAGCGAGGCAUCUGUAUCCACACGCUGACAAAACACCAGGAGCCAGUCUACAGCGUGGCUUUCAGUCCUGACGGUCGGCAUUUAGCCAGCGGCUCCUUUGACAAAUGCGUGCACAUCUGGAAUACACAGACAGGAGCCUUAGUCCACAGUUACAGAGGGACGGGGGGAAUCUUCGAGGUUUGCUGGAACGCAGCAGGGGACAAAGUGGGAGCCAGCGCAUCAGACGGAUCUGUGUGUGUACUAGACCUUCGGAAAUAGUGCUGCUGUUGGAAGCCAUGGACCGACCAUGAAUGUGUACAUAGCCAAAUGACUGUCCCUGCCUGCCCUGCGUACUGCUCACGCUUACGACUAUGGCCCCGCCCACUGACAGAGACAGGAAGCAGGAAACAGGAACAGGAAGCAAGCAAGCACCCGACACAGCAGGUCCAGACACGGGGAUGAACAGAUGGACAGACAGACGGACGGAUAAAACGGGCGGACGGAUGGACGCGCCCCUCUCUAUCUGUGCAGACUCUUACAGAGAUGCAGAAGGGACGCAGUGAAAAAAAGAAAAAGAAAAAACUGUUAGAAAAAAAAAAAAAAAGUUACAGAUCCGUAUAUGUACCAAAAUUUGGAAGCUAUUUUGCUUUUUUGAUCUUUAAACCAUGCUCAUUGUCAUCAAAAUGAAAAACAAUGAAAAAAGUGUUGAUCUUUGUUACUAGUUGGAUCUCAUUGUGCAGACAUAUCAACUUCACCACCAUAAAAAUAGGAUGGCACUUAGUUUUUUUAAAUUUUCGGAUCUCUUGUUUCAAUGUUUUUAUAUUUUUUAUCUUUGGUGGGAGGGGAGGGGAAGGGGGAGGGCUGGGGUGGCAGGGCUCGGUCAGGUCAGAGUUUUAUUAAGUGGAGAAGUACAUACUUACUCGGACAUACUCGGCACACCAAACACUCAAAAAGUACAGUGUCCUCAUCAUAAUUUCAAACCAAUGUGGCAAACUUAAAGGCUUUUUUCUCUCUCUCUCACCACGUGUUCCAGUAAUGGCUUCUGAAGGUAACCUUUGAAAUGCAGUAAUUCAGGUGUUGUCAUUUCCAGAGGACAUGUUCUGGAUCACCUGUUCUGGGCUCAUGACUCUGAUGAUGUACAUCUAGAUGCUUUAAAAAACAGUUCCUUUGUGCACUAUUUGAUCUAGAUGGGUUUACCUGCAGUGCUCUCUGGACUCCUUCAGCCCUAGCGGUUACCCCCCAUCUUGAUUGGCAAGAAGCUGACUUUUCCCUCCACUUCGCCCAACGUCCGAGGCUGUUUCGUGUUUUUAGAUAAUGAUGCAACAGGAAGUCAGGUCCCAUCUCAGCCAGCAGUGCUUUUCCACCUUUGUAAAACAUAUACAAAUGUACAUAAAUAACUCUGAACAGUGUCCUCCUUUACGUUGCUUUGGUGAGACUUCAAAUAUUUGUGAUUUGAUUCAUCGACACUCUCGAAGGCCUCGAAUCGACAAACGCGCAUGAUGCCCUGAAGCGUGGCAGUGAAAAAUAUCAACUGAUCAUCCCAUUAAAAUUGUUGUGCUAUUUUUAGGUUUUUGGAGAUGUGAUAUUCUCAGAGGUAAAAAUACUGAGUUAAACCACAGAGGGCAAAGCCAAAGAGAAACCCCUGAGUAACAGAGGAAGUAGCUUAUGUUAGAUUCUAAAAGCUUUGCUCUGUUAAUGCAUUUACACAAUCAUGUCAGACCUGGAAGAACUUAAAAACAUAAUGUUAUUUCAACCUGAAAUGUUCACGUAUUACUUAGAUAGCCUAAAUCAAAUUUAUAGCUUACACAUUUGUAGUGGUUUAGUAGCAAGUGAAACCAAAUACAUAUAGUUGAAUGGUUCCUAUUUGUUAGCUGAAUAAACUAUAAUAAUAAUAUUUGAUUUAAUAUAGCAGUCAUGUUGCAACCAUAUUACUGGCUCUGAGUUACAAUUACGAGGCCAAACAGCUUCUUCCACCAUAAUUACGGUUGAGCAAUGUUCAGGAAUAUGGCGUGAAGCUGUGUCUGAAAUCACUCCCUCAUUUGCUAUUUAUUAUAUAAUAGAGGAUCAACUGUGAACUCUGUAGUUUCCAUAAAUUAAGAUUUUGGAUUGAAUCAUUUUGCGCCACUGACAUGUAAUAAUAUAACUAAUGUAUGUGUCGAUCAAAUGAGAAAGUAUUAGCAAUUAUUAGCAAAAAUUACAUCAUACAUUAAGUACACUACUUUUCCAUGUUUGUUAAGGCGUUAAAUAGAGCAUACAUUUUGGACAUAUAUAAUUCAGAUACCCAAAAAGAAUGACAAAUAGUAAGUAUAAUGCACUACAUAGCAAAUGGGGAGUAUUGUAGGACACAGCCUACUUGUUCUAAGCUAGCUGACUUAACUAGCCAAUUUUCCCAACUUCGAAGGAGCCAUAUGUGUUACAAUUACCCUGGUCAUGAAUGACUGAAACAAUGUUUAAAUUCAUUUUAAAAAUGCCUUUGUUUUCUCUUUUUUUUUGUUGACCAAAUUUCUGGGUUUGUUGUUCAAAUGUUACCGUUAGCCAGUAUAUGCUAACGUGCUUUAGAAAAGCCUGAUCUCUUGGCUCUGCCCUCUUUGAGGUUUAAUUCAAACGAUAGCUUGAUCGAUGUUGAAAUCGCUGUCCCUAUAAAAUAUUUUUAUAAUUGAAACUCUUUUUUACUAUUUUUAAUAACGUGGCCACCCAAAUUUAUCUGGCGCGGAGUGGAGGGGAGGAGCUGUUUGUCAAACAGGCUAUCGUUUGUCGAGAUAGAUUUACAUCGCAAAAACGGUCAAAACUACAGUCUGGACUGAAUUUUCAUGAGUACACUUUUGGGAAUCAAACGCAGCAGCAGAUCUAACAUUAACGCAAUAUGGGAACAUUUUAGUUUUUGUCUGUUUUGAUUCGUUUUCACUAUGUGGGGGAAAACUUAACUAUAUGUAUGCCGUUUUGAAGGAAAUAAACAAACCACACAUACAAAGACUUGCAGUAGCUAAGGGUCAAUUGUACAGUCUAUUACCCCCACAACAUGAUAGUCUUGAUCAAUUAAAAACAGUAAAACAGACAUUAGAAUUCAUCGACCCUUUCACCCUCAUUCUCGAUUGUUCACCACCCGAGUUCUGCUCAAAUUUUAUCCAGAUGUUCCCCACUGACGAGACAUUUUAUACUCUUUUAAAGAAAAAUUUAAAGUUACAUUUUUGUAAUUUCUUUGUAGAUUUAAAAAAAAUGUGAAUUGAUGAUUUAUUGGCAGUGUUAAUUUACAUGUUCUAUAAAUUGAAAGAUUUUGUUUUCAUACUCUGAUGCUAUUGCAAAUAGUAAAGGUUGACCCUGUAAUGUAAAGCUCACUGAGCUGAGCUGUCAUUCUGAAGGCACCUUGACUGGGAGGGAUUUCCCAGGAGAAAAAUUACCACUAAAUUUGUCUAUGUUUUAAUAAAGACAUGUUUUACUUUUUCUUUUGCUUGAAUCUUUUUGGGAAGCAUUGUCCCAAAAAAUGUGCAAGGGAGAAUAUGAUUUUCUCCUGAAACUCCUCUUGGCUUACAUAGAAAGACAAUUUAAAAAAAAGUGACUCUUAAAAUUGAAUAAAAUUGUAAUUUUUCAAUCAAGCCAAGACUCUGGGGAAUUUUUCUGCCCCCCUGUUUUCAUUGUUAAAGUUGGGAGUCAUACCGAUGUUUUGAGGAGAACGUUGCUCUGGAAGCAGAUGUGGUCUCCGUGGUCUCGUAUGGAAUUAUAUCUCUGUCACAAUUCUGAGGGCACAGUUUAAGCACAAACAAGGAUUAUAAUUUGUAGAAACGUGUUUAUCAUGUAAAGAAUAAUUUAAUUUGUGCAGAUACUGUACACAUGAUAACCUCUAUCUCAGUUUUAUUAAUUUGGCCUCUCAUAUUCUAUGCUCUGUCUACUCUCAAACCUUUAGACACUUGCUUACAGUGUAAUGUGUCCAAAUGGAUCUGUUAUUAGGUUCAUUAAUUGUUCAGGAAACAGGGAAACACUCCUUCCAAAAAUAAAUUGCGCUCAAAAUGCUGCUUUGUGCGCUCAAAAUUGAGACAAAUAUAACUCCGUACUUGAACUGCAAGAUAGACAUAAAAACCUAACAUUUGCCUUCAAAUCAGCCUGUUUAGUAGACUUGAUCUCCUCCUGUACCCCCUGUAAUAAAUUGGAGAUUUUUACUAAUGGACUAGCUGAGAUUUCAUGUGUUCCUGCUGAGCACCCUUUGUUUUCUCCUUCCUGUAAUUUAAAGCACUUCAGCCAACGGUAACCUAAAAAAAGAUACUCAAUGACUGCAUGCACACAGGGAAAAUGUCUGAUGCGUUCAUGCCAUCCUUGAGUCUGUGCCACACACAGUUCAGUAAUCUUUCAUGUUAUUUGAUUGGCCAAAGUUGCUGAGUCAGCCUUUAUCUGUGCCGCCAUAACAGAGCAUCAUGUCAGCCCAGCAGCAUCUCUCCCAUGGGGUUUGAAAGCCUUUGUUUUUCUUUUCUUUUUCCGCAUCACAUCGAUCUGUUAUCGUUCAAGUCAGAUCAGUGAAACAAAAGUCCAGAAUAAAAUAUAUUUUGAUAAGA